AUGCCUCUCGACGAAGAAGGCGCUAAGUGGUCCUGCGAACCCUGCAUUCGAGGGCAUCGGUCAUCGAAAUGUCAACACUUCGAUAGACUCAUGAUGAAGGUCCCAAAGGCCGGGCGCCCUCUUGCGAAAUGUCCUCACCCGAAAGGAACAUGUAGCUGUCAGAAGACAUAUGCUGUGAUGGUUCGCAUUCCCAAAGGCUCGUCUUGCUUGUGUCGGCCACUUUAUGAAGUUCCCAUGGAUGGCAAUGAAACAACACAAUCUCCGACGUCUUCCGUCCCUUCGACGUCGUCACCAGCUCCUGGCAAAGUCCAAAAGUCUGGGAGGAGACAGAGCACUAUGCAAGCAGCACCCCAGAAUAUUGCAAGGGCAUUAGACAACAUGCCACAUAAUCUCAAAUUCGAGGAUGGAGCAACAGGCUUCAUGUCGAAUCGUCCUUCGCAACCAGAUUUAGAUGAUUUGACUACACCUUCGUCUUUGAACAACGGCCAAGCACCAUCCCCGCAAGAUCCCGCCAAACAAAGCCCAUCACCUCCGGUAUCGAGUUGCUGCGCUCAAAAGCCCAAGGCAGAUUCUCCAACUCCCGCGCCGGCCACGGCAAAGACCCCGCAGCCAGUUCAAAAUGGAGGUUCUUGUUGUGGCUCCCGUCCCGCCGCAGCAAGCCAGCCCGAGCACCAAGAACCCAACAAGCAGAGCUUCCAACAACCUCCCGCGUGGAAUGAUCAAUCUUACAUGCAAUAUAGCAAUCCACAGAUGGCUUCUUGGCAGAACCUGACACCCGUUCCGCAUGGAAGCUACAUGCACCCUGCCAUGGGUCAAGCGCAACCCCAGCAACCAUUCUCUCAAAACGGGUAUAUGCAAAUGUUGCCGCCACACUCUCAACCAUCAAUGUCUCACAAUGGGAUGUCCCUCGGCGUGACCCCACCCCCAACAAGCAUGGCCUAUCAUAACUCAAUGAAUGGCCUUGGCAUCACUCAGCCUCCUAUGAAUUCUUUAAUGCUCAACCAGCCUCAAUCUUCAUUUGCCGCUGCCCCGGGUGGUGACCCCUGCCACGAUUGUAGCUGUGGAGAAGAUUGUCAAUGUUUGGGAUGUGCAGCUCACCCCUUCAACACUACAACACGAAAGCAUGUACAAGAGAUGGGUGCGAUGAUUACACUCAACGGCGACGAGAGAAGGGCCGACACCAUCAAUCCCUACCAAUCCUCGCCUUUCCAAGGUGCAGCGCCUUCGGGUGCAUUCCCUUAUUAUGUGCAAAGCACACCGCAUUUGGAUCAUGGCUUCCAGUCCAAUCCCUACAAUGGAUAUUCAGAUCCCAACUCCGCCUUACCUAGUGGCUACUCUUCUCCGCUGGGAUCAUCAAAUCAUCAAAUCAACCAGCAACUGAUGCACCCAUCGGAAUACUACACCUUGGAAUACCCAGUCGGACUGCCGAGUGCCUGUUCCGACGUGACUGGCAGUUGUCAGUGUGGUAGUGAUUGCAGCUGUGUAGGAUGCCUCACUCAUAGCGGCCACAGCGGCUUCUCUUUGGACAUGUCUGUGCCCGAAAAUCCUGUUUCCGACACCACUGAGCUGCGAAACUCGCCUCAUCUACCGCCAACAAGCUCCGCCAUGUCUCACCCUUCUCAAAACCCAUCUCUGGACAAUAUGUCUGUGCCGUGCUUAAGCCCGCGCACUUUGGAAACUUCUAUGAUCUAA